UCCUCUCCAUCCCUCUGCCCCCCCCACCCCAACCUGUAUAAAAAUUAUGCUUUCGCUUACUCUCUUUGCAAGCCGGCACUAAACCAAAGCCAAGGACUAGCUGACGGAAACUACGACGUUUUAGGUUCCUCUCACUCCCUCUAUGGCUCUCUCGCCACUUUUCUCUCUUCUCUCUCUCUUGCUCUUGUUCCAAUCCUCCGUGGCCGACCCCAGGAAGCUUAGCCUGGUCCAGCAGCAGCCCCUAGUCCUCCAGUACCACAACGGCCCCCUCCUCAACGGUAACCUCACCGUUCACGUCCUCUGGUACGGCCGCUUCUCCGCCACCCAGCGCUCCAUCAUCGCCGACUUCGUCCGUUCCCUCUCCCCCUCCUCUGCCUCCUCCCCGCCGCCCCCCUCCGCCGCAUCCUGGUGGCUCACGACCGCCCGCUACCGCGGCGCAGCCGCCAGCGUCUCCCUCGGCCUCCAGCUCCUCGACGAGAAGUACUCCCUCGGGAAGACCCUCACCUCCGCCGACCUCGCCACCCUCGCCGCCCGCGCCGGGCCCCAUCGCGGGGCGGUCACCGCCGUGCUGACCUCCUCCGACGUCGCCGUCGAUGGGUUCUGCAUGAGCCGGUGCGGGACCCACGGGUCCGCCCCGGCCGGUCGCCUCGGCCGGGCCCGCUUCCCCUAUCUUUGGGUCGGCGACUCGACGGUCCAGUGCCCGGGCCAGUGCGCCUGGCCCUUCCACCAGCCCAUCUACGGCCCUCAGACCCCGCCGCUAGUGGCGCCUAACGGCGACGUCGGGAUGGACGGCAUGGUCAUCAACCUCGCCACGCUGUUAGCCGGGACGGUGACGAACCCUUACGGCAACGGAUACUACCAGGGGCCGGCGACGGCACCGUUAGAGGCCGUAACGGCAUGCACGGGGGAGUUCGGGAGCGGGGCGUACGCGGGUUACCCAGGCAAGACGCUGUUGGACCCCACCACGGGGGCCAGCUAUAAUGCGAGGGGAUUGGCUGGGAGGAAGUACAUGCUGCCCGCGAUGUGGGACCCGAAGACAUCGCAGUGUGCCACCCUUGUGUAGGAGACCCCCGGCAUGAAGAAGUCCAAAUAUUUCCGUAUUUGCUUUUCUAUGUUUUUUCCUUUUGUUAUAUAUAUAUAUAUAUAUAUAAACUGUGAAAAGAAAGAAGUCUGUAACCAAAAGAAGAUAGAUAGAGGUGGAAGUAAAAGGGGUAGGGAGGCGUUAAUAAGGAUGGGGUCUUCAAGUUUGUAGUCGAUGCUGUUGGCUAAUAUUAUAAAGCAUAUUAGUAUAUGAACCAAGGAAAAAAGAGCAAGUAUUGUUGUUCCA